AAUAUCAUAUCUUUGGUCUUGGAACAUCAUAAAUAUAACAGGGUUUAAAAAAAUCGCAAUACUCUCGAUUCUGAAACGAGAAGCUAUAAAUCUAUCGCUGUCGUUUUAGUUUAAUUGAUGGUGAAGUAGAACUUAUAAGAAAUAAUGAAUUACGGUUACGAUGUGGAUCACGUGUAGUACAAAUUAUGAACUCAUUUAUGUUGUCAAUAUUUUGUAAUAUUUUGUCGUUCUUGUAAUACUCUAAAUUCUAUUUAUUCCAAACGAGCUUAGGUUUUUAAAGAACAGCUGAUUUUUGCCCAUUGUAUGAUGAGUGAGCGCAACCCCCGUAAACGUAAAAGUACUUCUGAAGGCGAAGACGCUUCUAAUACGAAAAGAAACAAAACAAAAAACGCAGCACGGUCGCUGCAGUCAUCGGCUCCAGCUCCGAGGCGGCUGGAACACGUGUGCCCCUACAACCUGCGCAGCCAUGCACACGCUCGCACUGCCGGCGUGGUCACCUUGCCCGGAGUCUCGUCUCAGGCCCGCGCGAGCGAGCGCGACGCCCAGGCGGAGCGCUGCACCAUCUGCCUGUCGGAGUUCGACACCCAGCAGGUGGGCACGCCCGGCUCCUGCAACCACAGCUUCUGCCUCAAGUGCCUGGAGAAGUGGGCCAAGGAGUCGAACACGUGCCCCGUGGGGCGGCAGAAGUUCACGCACAUCUGCGUGCGCAACGAGCUGAACGGCCAGGUGGUGCGCAAGGUGGAGGUGAAGGCGCCGCGCGAGGCCGUGAUGGGCUUCCACAUGACGCACAACCUGGGCUCCGUGCACGAGCUGCAGAUCAGCAUCAGCCGGCGCGUGGACGGCCACCACGCGCACAACCAGGAGCACCUGAUGAUGUACGACGCGGCCGCCGCGCUGGCCAUCGUGUUCACGCCCAUGCUGUGAGGAUCCGUGUUCCUGCGUGCAAGCUCUCUCUCGGCACGUCGCUCUCUCUUGUCACGCGUUUGUUAAUGAAUUGCGGCCAGCUGCCGCACUUUGCAGGCCGAGGUGAAGUUUGAUAGUCCCCGGACUUGGUUUGCCUUGGAAGAGACCAGCAAGUCUUCAUUCAUAAUGUUUAAACUAUGUGUAAAAUCAUAUUUGUUAAUAUUUGUUCAAUUUUUUUUAUCAAAGUGUAUAUAUAUUGUAUGAAAUGUAUUGUGUUAAAUAUUUGAAUGUAUUUUUUUUUAAUUGCAAUUUAUUUAUCUGGAAAAAUUAGAAAGCUGCCAGUGAUUUGUGAUGCAAGCCAGUUUGAUUUGUUUAAUGCAUUGUAUUAUUGUAUAGGGCAGGAGGCCAGUAAAUACUAGAGAAUAAA